AUGUCUAGCAAAAAAGUACACAAGUAUUUUAAAAGAAAUUCGGCCGAAUGGAGCCUUAAAGGAUUUUUGAAUGAAAGCGAAGAAGAAUCCUUUCAACAAAAAAUAGAUCUAUAUCUAAGAGGCCUUGAAAACAUUGUUAAGUAUGAGAAAGAGGGAAAGAGGAAGGAAAAAGCGCAACUUCUUCUUGACAGAUACCGAAAGGCAAUCGAGUCACAAAACCAGCGUUGGGGCACAGGAAAUCAACUAGUUUUCCUGAUGUUAAAGUCAAUUAGUCGACCCAGCGUUGAGUUGGAAAGAGAUCAACAAAAAGUAUCUCGUGAAACCUCAGUUAAUUUCUACGGAAAUUCUCAGAACAAUGGGGAUUUAAUAACGUCAAAUGCCACUAAGAAGAGAUGUAUAACUAAUAUUUCAUCUGCUGAAUCGUCUUCCGCAACAAGAAUGGUUCUCAGAAAAAGAGAUCCCAUAUCUUACGAAGAAAGUUCCGAGGAGUCAAAUUGGUCAGAUUCCAAUUAUAUUGAAAAGAGAAGAAUAAAAAGACGAUCUGUUGUUAAACCCCAUUUAAAUGGCCCUACAGAGUUAUCCAAUACUACACAAGAAACUAUAGAACCAGUAGCUUUGACACAGAAGUCAUCCUCUGAUUCAUCUGAAAAAACAACGAAAAAUAUCUCAAUUGAUCUAAAGAGCCAAACAGAAUCUAUCAGCGAUUCAAGUGAUACAAAAUUAGAAAAUAAGAAUGAUGAACAACUUGGGGCGUCUACAUUAUUGUACCCAGUAUCAGCACUUCCAGAUAGAAAAUGGUGUUUGUCUUCAGGAAGAAAUGUCGAAGACGUACUUUACGUGUACGCGUCAAAAUUGGAAUAUGAGCAACCGGCCCAUUCGUUUAUCGUCGAUACAUCUGAUGAUGACAUUAAGAAUCUGUUUACCAAAGAAGAAUGGGAGGAAAUCAUGAACGCCAAUAAAAAAGCAGUACCAACGACAACAUAUAACCCAGAACAACAUUUCAAUUACCAAUACGUACACUUGGUUUUUACUUAUUUGUUGGAUGAAUAUGAAUCACCAAAGAACCGAUUGAUGCAACCACAUACAGAGGGAUGGUAUGCAACCAAUAUUUGGAGUAUAUUAAUCGAUAAAGCAUUCUUAAACAUUCCCAAUGUAGAACUUGUUCGUGGAAGGCGUUGGGACAUAAGAUCGAUGGCAUUUUUCAAAAUACAGUUAAUAGUCACGAGUACGGGGGAAUCGAGGUCGCAAAAACGUGUCAAGGGCCACACGAUAGAAAACAUUUGGGGAUUCUUUAAAACUCUCGAAACUUUUGAAGGACAUAUUUCAUCAGCAAACAAUCAAGAAAAUCGAGAUAGUCGGGUUACUGCAUUCACGACUCCAAUUGCAACAGCUUUUAAUGGACUAUGGGGCGGUUCCUGUUUACGCCUCAGAAAAGAUGAUACAAGAAAUAUUCCCUUGCAUCUUGAUGACGUAAUGGAGCUUAUCAUUUUGAUCACAAAUAUUUUUCAGGCCAAGUUACGAAUUAAACGUUGCAUCGAAGUGUUAAAAAAUGAACCCGAGAAUGAAACGUUUUUACAAGAAAUUACUCAACCCCUUUCGCGCCCUACUACUCCACCCAGAACUGUGCAACUCGCUAAACCCACGACUACUCCAGAAAAA